AUGACAAGAACCCGAUCUCCAUCAUCCCUUGGGGUCCGGCUCAUCUGCAUUAAGAGAAGUGAUGGGAACUUCAAGCUGUGUCGGAUAAGCAUUAUUAAUGCAGGAGGCAGCAGACGGAAAGCAGGGAAGAGAAACACACAAGCUCUGCUAGACUUUGGCCAGGCGGCUCGCUGCGAGCAUUCAGAAGAGGAAAUGACAGAUGAAGAUGCUUGUCUGGUGCCCAGUGAGGAAGAUUCAUCUGAUGAAGAACUGAGACGAAUCACAGAUAAAGAUGGACAGAAGAACGCUCUUCCCUCUCCGAGUCCCACCACAACUCCUCCAGCAGAGCCCUAUUUCCCUUCUCCAAACAUCUUAAAGUCAGAACCAAGACUGUUCACCGGAUCUUCUCAGGCUCUUCAUUCUGUAUCCCAGAGACAGCACAUCAAACCGGGACAGUAUCAAGAUCUACAGGGGUUUUUUACGUUGGGAUUAGACCCUGGAGUUCUACAGACCAGCCCAAAACCAGCUCGAGGCCCUAGAGAUCAGCAAAACCACAUGGAGAGUUCUUUAGUUGUAGGACCAGAGUUUUGGAGAUCCAAUUUUCAUCAUCAUGUAGAGGAAUCACUAGUCACUGCAGUUCUGAACAGACAACCUAUCAGCAGCACUCCUCGCCCAUUCACACCAAACCAUGGCAGAAUGUCAUCACAAAGCCUUUAUUUAUCAGGCACUAUAAGCAGACGUUCUUCCAUCUCUUUGGGUGACCCGAUCAUUGAGACCCGUCGAACGGACUCCUCAAGCCGGCCCCUGUCUUGUGCCGCUCAGGAGAUCCUGGAGGUCCAGACUGUGGAGCAGCUCCAUCUUCAGGACUCUGAUGAAGAUGAGGAGGAUCUCCUGGCUCUGGCCUGCCUUGAGGAAGAGUUCAGGAAGAUGAGCACUACACCAUUAGAGCAGGGUGAGGUCAGACACAACCCCGGAGAUUAGAUUUAUCCGGACCGCUACAACACAAAUGAAGGACUUUAGUUCAGAUUGUUACUUUUUAAAACAAUUAAAUGGACAUGAAAGACCAGAUAUCAAAGUUAGGUCUUUUCUUUAGGUUUUACUUUAGAUUGGAAAGUGUCACUAAUUAUUUAGGGGUUGCAUUGUGCACAAAUAAAAAAAUAC